AUCGCUUUAGGAGGAAUUUAACAAACUGCUUGAAAUUUAUCACAGUUUAUUUUUUACCUAUUUGUCGCUGUUUGUCCUCACUUUAGCUUUGUUAUUACAAAGGUAGUUGUUGUUGUUCAGGAUACCCUGUAUUUGUUGGUAGAUAUUUCGAAGAUUAGAAAUAUCUAGUAUCUAGUUUAGAAAAACAGUUCGUAAGGUCGACAAUGUAGAAUCUAUGGAACAUUUGAAAAUAUUUAAAUUGCUCGUUAUCCUCAAGUCACAUCCUAUGAAUAUUUCCAAUUAUCUUUUGUGUGUCCAUUUUUUUUGCUUUUUUGGUAAUUGAGUAAUCAAGACAUACGUCAAUAUUUCAUAACCUCAAUUUGAAACAAGUAACGUCAAAAUUAUCAGUAUUCCUUUUACAAUGCGAUGAUAUCAAAAUCAAAUGGCAUCCCAAACUACACCGAAGUUAUAGUGAUAUCAGUCAUUGCAAUAUGUUUUCUGUCAUUGGAUGUGUCGGUUUUAACACUUGAAGAAGACUUACAAGAAAUCUGGAACUACGAUUUUGACGAAAAAGUUAAGGAAGAAGAUGUCGAAGAUUAUUUGAAGUACUGCCUGAGCGGCAUUGUCUUACUAAGGGCUUUUACAUUGCAUCUUUUCUUGGCAUUACAUUUUCUGUUGUUAUGGAGUGCAAUAGGGGAGGAAAAACCAAAUCUAGUUGUACCUUGGCUACUGCUAGGGUUAUUCCGAUCAAUUUUCCUGAAUUUCUUAGGAUUUAGUACCGGAAUAUACGUAUGUUUGAUACAGAAAGGACACCAUCCAGUCUGCUUGGAGUACAUCAUAGCGCAAGCAAUCCAACAUGGUCCGGAGGUGUACGCCUGGUUAUCUAUAUUCAGAUAUCACAGGGCACUGAUAUUAUCUGCCCGAAAUCGUUUAAUGGUUGAUGAACGAACCAGAAUGAAGAAAAUCCAAAAUUCACAAUACAAAUACUUUUCACGAACAAACUUCGCGGAUGCCGUAGAAGACGGGAGAAAUGUUAUAACUGAAUCAGCCAUAGAAAAUGUGAUACACCAUAUAAAACGCACCAAACCUACUCAAUGCCCAUCUCGAUCUUUGGAUGCUCUUAUCGAAUUGAAAUCUGCCAAGAUACGAAAAAAUGACUAUGAGUUAGAGGGCGACCAUGAAAGUAUAAAAGAAAAGGUUAUGAGAAUACUCAAUGUGGUUUAUGAAGACAUAAAGAAAGCCAGGAUAGCCAAGGAGAAGAGGCCUCCUUGGAAAUUUGCAGAUUUGAAUAUCGAAAAGCUGUUAAUGACAUCAGAGAGGAGACAUCCGAAUAUAUAUUCGCAUAAAAAGAACAAUCAUACAUCUUCGCUAGAGAAGAAGCGGACACCAUCAGAGGAGUCUGUGUACGAAGGAGCAAUUGCAAAUGAGAUUGAGUUACGCUGUAUAUCUCUUGGUGGAUCUAAUACCAGUUGCUUUGAUUUGGAAAGUAAAGAUAAUAUACAUCAUGCUCGAAGCAAAAAUGUUUCGAGAGUCUAGGAAAUAUUAGAUCCAGGCACCUCCAGAAAGAUCACUGUAUCUGUGGUGUGAAGUGUACUAGCCAGGAUGGUGUACGAUAUAAAGAAUAAAGUAGCUCUCAUUACCGGAGGAGCUUCAGGAAUAGGCUUGGAGUAUGCCAAAGAGCUACUGAGGAAUGAAGCUAAGGGCGUGGUGUUAGCUGAUCUCAGCAAGGAAUUUGGAUCGAAAGCGGUGCAAGAGAUUGAACAGGAGUUUGGACCCAACAAAGCAAUUUUUGUACAAACUGACGUCACGGACUACAACCAAUUUGAAAAUGCAUUCAAGAAGGCGAUAGAGAAGUACAAGAAUCUGGAUAUCCUAUUUAACAAUGCGGGUAUACUGAAUGAUGCGAUAUGGCAGAAAGAGAUUGCAGUGAAUGUAAACGGAGUAGUGCACGGAAUGCUCCUGGGCAUGGACAACUACCUCCCCAAAUACAAACAAGGCGACGAAGCCGUGAUAAUGAACAUAUCUUCAACGGCAGGGAUCCAAGGUUAUGGCCACGUGCCUGUUUACUGUGCCACCAAACACGCUGUACACGGAAUGACUUGCUCCUGGGGAGUACCGGAGUUCUAUGAGGAGACCAAAGUUAGAGUUGUGGGGAUACACCCGGGAGUUACGCAUACCCCGCUUAUAUUUAACAUGGUCGGAAGCAACUUUGGAGGGAAGUACGAGGCGCACUUGCAGAAUCAUAUGGCGGAGUUUUUGACACAAGAACCCAACCAUGUCGCCAAAGAAGCAAUGGAAGUCAUCAAGAAAGCACCACAUGGCACAAGUUGGGUAGUUGAAGGUGGACAACCUGCUUAUCAAUUCAUCAUGCCGGACCACAGAACAACUAUGAGAAACAAUACCUUACCAUGAAACGUUAUAUUUAUGUUUUUUUAUAUAAAUAUACAUACAUCUGCAUCUGUU